UAUGCGUGCUGAAAGCUCUGCUAAAAUAAUAUUCUAAAAAAUCGUAAUAUAUCUGAAUUUCACUAAUUGGAGGAAAUGGCAAAGCGCUUCUCGAACACACAAUUGCCCGUGAGCUGUGUUGGCCACAAUAGCGACGUGUACCAGCUGGCGUUCAGCAAGGUCUGCGAGUCGGGCUACUACUUGGCCUCGGCCUGCCGGGAUGGAAAGGUGAUGUUGCGACACGGCGACACCGGCGACUGGGUGGGCACCUUCCAGCAGAACGGCCAGCCCAUUCUGAGCGUGGACAUCAAUGCAGAUGCCACUCGUUUGGCCUCGGGCGGUGACGACUGUGUGGCGCGAAUUUGGGAUGCAGUCGAUGGCAAGCAACUGACCAAGAUGGUGUUGAACUCGACUGUGCGUUGCGUGGCACUCAGCUCCAAAUCGGAUUAUCUGGCUGUGGGCUGCCUGGAUCGAAAGACGGGCCAUCGCACCGAUAAGGUUCUCUAUAUGUACGCGCUGGAACGCGCAGAAUCGCCGAUGUCGUUUGCAGGACAGGCACGGGGCGUGCGGGAUGUCAUCUUCUGUCGGGAUGAUCGCGCGAUGCUAUCUUCGUCGCACGAUCGCUCGAUACGCCUGUGGGAUCGGAUUAGUGGCAAGCAGGUGCACUCCAUUUCAUUGCCGCACCAUGCCAAGUCGUUGGAGCUGUGUGCGGAUGGACGAACUGUAAGCAUUGCCUACGGCCACAGCGUUGUCUUCGUCGAUGUGGACCGCUUCGAGGUGUUGCGGCAUCACAAGCUGCCUAUCCGCCUAAUCGGCGUCUCGUUGCAUCCGGAGAAAAAGACGCAUGUGUGUGCGGGCAGCAAUCGCUGGAUCUACAAGUGUGACUAUGCCACGGGCGAAGUCCUGGAGACCUUCUACGCUCACGAGCGUCAUAUGCACUGUAUCAAGUACAGUCCCGACGGCGAGGUCUAUGCCUCAUCCGCGGCCGACGGCGGGCUUCGCCUCUGGCAGCAGACAGUGGGCAAGAAGUACGCAUUGUGGGAUGCACGAAUACUUUCGAUCGAAGAGGGAGAUGAUGAACAGGGCGACGCAGAUGAUGACGACGAAGGCAACGACGACGGCAAUGGCGACGACGAGUAUGAGGAUGAGGAUGGGGAUGACGAUGACGAUGACGACGCUGUCAACUACGACGGCAACGGCGAUGAUCGCCGUGGCGCCGUCAGCGUCGGCGGUGGCGUCGGCGUCGGCGUCGGCAUCAGCAUCGACGUCAGCGGUGACGGCGGAGAAGGCGGAGCCGGCGGCGACUGCGAUGGCAACAACGGCAGUGACUGCGAUGACGUCGAAGAAUACGGCAAUGAAGAGGGCGAAUGCGAAGAAUACUACGAGGAAGAGGACGCAUACGAAGACGGCGUCGCUGGCUCUGACGACGCCGAUGCGCAGUCGUAUAGUUACGCUUAGAACUCAGAGUAAAAAGAAAUCGGCCCCAAAACCAGAAUCCACAAUCUCGAAAACUGGAUAUCAACUGUAGUUGCACACGUGUUUAGCGUUUCCUUGGGUUGAUUUUCAUCAGUUUUUUAAAUUUGGUUCCAAUAAUAAUAAACGAAAAAGGGUCACGCUCUGGUCUCUCUAAUAAAUUUGUCUGC